AUGGGGGUAUCAAACUCCAAAAGUCGGCUCCACUCCUCCAAUUGCUGCUCCUGGUCGUCCAUCGAUUGCCCCCCUGCCUGCUGCUCUCCCUGGGGUGCUCCGGUCACCCCCGACUGCCCCCCUGACUGCUGCUCUCCUUGGGGUGCUCCGUCUGCCCCCCUGCCUGCUGCUCUCCCUAGGGUGUGCCGGGCACCCUCGGCUGCCCCCGUGUCUGCUGCGCUCCCUGGGGUUCCCCGGUCACCCCCGGCUGCCCCCUUGCUUGCUGCUCUCCUUGGGAUGCUCCGGUCACCCCCGGCUGCCCCCCUGGCUGCUGCUCUCCCUGGGGUGCUCCGGGCACCCUUGGCUUCCCCCCUGCCUACUGCACUCCCUGCGGUGCUCCGGGCACCCUCGGCUGCCCUCCUGCCUGCUGCUCUCCCUGGGUUGCUCCGAGCACCCUCGGCUGCCCCCCUGCCCGCUCAGCUCCCUGGAGUGUCUCAAUCGCCCCUGGCUGCCCCUCCGCCUGCUAUGCGGCAGCACCGCUUCCAGUCCGCCCUUGCAACUUACGUGCGUGUCGUCUCCCACCUGGACCCCCUCCUGCUGCCCUCCACCGACAGCUCCUGCUGCCCUCCCGCCGACAGCUCCUGCUGCCCUCCUGUGACAGCUCCUGCCGCUCUUCUCCCAGCAUCUCCUGCUGCCCUCCUACCUGCAGCCGGGCCUGAUUCUCCGAUUGGUCCCGCUGCACCUCUGGCUGUAGCUCGGCCAUCUCCACGUCCACCGCUUGCUGCUCCCUUGCCGGUAGCUGCCCCUCCCCCGGCGGCUCCUGCUGCUCUUCCCUUGGCAGCUCUUGCUGCUCUCCCCCGGGCUGCUCCUGCUGCGUCUCCUGCUGCCCUCCCGCCGGCAGCUCCUGCUGCCCUCUCGCCGGCACCUCCUGCUGCCCUCUCGCCGGCAGCUCCUGCUGCCCUCCCGUCGGCAGCUCUCGCUGCCCUCCUGCCCGCAGCUCCUGCUACCCUCCCACCACCAGCUCUUGCUCCAAUCCCGCCGGCCACUCCUGCUGCUCUCCCGUCGGCAGUACCUGCUGCUCGCCUGCCGGCCGCACCUGCCACCCUCUUGCCUGCGGCUCUUGCUGCCCUCUUGCCGGCAGCUCAUGCUCCCCUCUUGUCGGCAGCUCCUGCUGCCCUCCCGCCGGCAGUACCUACUGCUCUCCUGCCGGUCGCACCUGCUGCCCACUUGCCCGCGGUUCUUGCUGCCCUCUCGCCAGCAGCUCCUGCUGCCCUCCCACCGGCAGCACCUGCUGCCCUCCUGCCAGCAGUUCCUGCUGCCCUCCUGCCAGCAGUUCCUGCUGCCCCCUUGCUUGUGACUUCCGGACCUCCCCCAACAGCCAGUUCUGCUGCCCCCCCUCCUGCCACGAGGACUGGGUGCCGACUGGACUCCACUGCUGCACUUCCGGCCGAGCUCUCCGUCUUUGUUUCUGCCUUUGGGCCGGGCGAGGCCCGCGCACGGCUGGGAAGGUUGGGCGUGCCAAGGGAUUAUCCACGGCCGUCUGCUGCCUAUCGUGAGACUCCUGCAGUCGCCGGCAGUGUCCCGGUUGGAGAUAAUGUCGCUGCCGCAUACAAAGCCGCCGGGAGUGUCUUUGGGUGGUUCCUCCACCCCCCCCUCUAUUGA